AUGUCUGACGAUUCAGAAAACACCAGACUGAAUAAUGAGGAGUUCAGGAUGGUGCUGGUGGGGAAGACCGGCGCUGGGAAGAGCGCCACAGGAAACACCAUCCUGGGACGAGAGUGUUUUGAGUCAAAGUUUGCUGCCGUGUCCCUGACCAUGGAGUGUACCAAGGACAGAGGUACAGUUGAUGGUCAGAAGGUGGCUGUCAUUGAUACCCCGGGCCUGUUUGACACCAGAGUAGACAUGGACGAGACCACUGCAAAUGUCACCCAGUGCAUCACGUACGCCUCUCCUGGUCCUCACGUGUUCCUGGUGGUCAUCAGGCUGGGCAGAUUCACUGAAGAAGAGAAGAAGACAGUGGAACGGAUCCAGCAAGUCUUUGGCCAGGCUGCAGACCAGUACUCCAUGGUCCUCUUUACUGGGGGGGACAUGCUUGAAGGUGAAGAUAUUGAGGAGUUCUUGGAUGGAAGUCCAGAGCUGAAGGAGCUUGUAGCCCGAUGUAACGGCCAGUACCACGUCUUCAACAACAAGAGCAAAGAUCACUCCCAGGUGACUGAGCUGCUCCAGAAGAUCAGAAAUAUAGUCCAGAAGAACGGAGGGAGUCACUACACCACUGAGAUGUUCCAGGAGGCUGAGAGGAUGAUUGAAGAGGAGAAACAACAAAUCCUGAAAGAGAAAGAAGAAGAAAUACGCAGAAAAAGAGAAGAAAUUGAGCGGAAAAUAAGAGAACAAUAUGAGCCAGAGAUGAAGGCGCUCAUGGAGCAACUGGAGUCUGAGCGACAGAGGGAGAGGAAGGAGAGAGAGGAGGAGGAGAAGAAGGAGAGAGAGGAUAAGAAUGAGGAGGGAGAGAGAGAGAAGAAGGAGAGAGAGGAGAAGAAGAAGAAGGAAAGAGAGGAUAAGAAUGAGGAG